AGUUUCAAAGAUAGUGGGGGUGAAAUGCCAAACCCACAAAAGUAAAAGUCAUUUUUGUAAUUUUUCUUUCAAACUCGAAGAAUCAUAAUGUUGCACACGCCUAGUUAAUGACGACGCCCCUCUUCUUCUACGAUCGGUUUUGAUAUCCAAAAUUAACCAAAAAAUCUGUAAAUUUUGACUCAGUUCCGUUGAAUUUUCGACUCUCAUCGAAUUCUUGAGGGUUUGCUGAAAUACAUGACGUUAGGACCUUGCGAGAAAUCGAGCUGCGUGUGUAGCUGCUUUUGGGAGUUGGGAAGAUGGUGUUGGUAUUGGCAAUUGGGGAUUUACAUAUUCCACAUAGAGCACCUGAUCUACCUGCCAAGUUCAAAUCUAUGCUUGUUCCUGGCAAGAUUCAACACAUCAUUUGCACCGGUAAUCUCUGUAUCAAAGAAGUUCAUGAUUAUUUGAAAAGCCUAUGCCCAAGUUUACACAUCACUCGAGGUGAAUAUGAUGAAGAUGCUCGUUACCCAGAGACCAAAACACUCACCAUUGGCCAAUUCAAGCUUGGAUUAUGUCAUGGUCAUCAGGUUGUUCCAUGGGGGGAUUUGGAUUCAUUAGCCAUGCUUCAAAGACAAUUAGAUGUGGACAUUUUGCAGCAUCACUUAUGA